AUGGACUUGUCUUCGCCUGUCGUGCUGCUUCUGGGAGGCAUCGUUUUAAGUUUCGCCGUAUGGCGAAUCUUGUCCAUUGGGCGAAGAGAGAAAGCUCUCCCUCCUGGACCUGCGACGACCCAUUUGCUGGGAAACCUACAUCAGUUCCCCACGGAAUAUGCAUAUCGCCAAUUGACCUCCUGGGCGAAGGAGUAUGGUGGAAUAUACUCACUUAAGAUGGGUCCGGGAAAUCUCAUGGUUGUCACUGAUGUCCAAAUUAUGCGCGACCUCAUCGAUAACAAAAGCUACUCGUCCGCUGAUCGAGAACCAAGUUAUCCCAUCAGCAUCGUUACGGACGGGAAGAACAGUAUAUUUGGACCGUACACGCGUGAAUGGCGCAAGAGUCGCCAACAGCAACACGAUAUGCUCAGCAAAGAAGCUUGCGAGCGACAUUUACUGAUUCAAACGGCUGAAGCAACUCAGCUACUUUGGGAUAUCCUACACGAUCCAGAGAAUUUCGCAAAUCACGGGUUCCGAUACGCCAACUCUCUUAUUACGUCCGUGUUCUGUGGCAUCCGCUCUCCACACCAUAGUAGUUUGUUUUCGGCCACAUUUCACAAGAUGAUAGGGGAGUGGGCGCGAUUCCUCGAGCCAGGACACAACCCUCCUGUUGAUCUGAUUCCUUUGCUGAAGUACGUGCCUGCGAGAUGGGCGAGGUGGAAGCGUAUGGCAGCGAGUUUGCGAAGGACACAACGUACCAUGUACGGUACGCUGAUCGAACGGUGUGAAGCUCAUAUUUUGGAAAACGAUCGCAAAGGAGCGGCAUUGGAGAAGAUAAUAGACGAGCGUGAAGAACGAGGAAUUGACCGGGCAUUGUUGCGCGGCAUCGUCGGGUCCAUCCUCGAAGGUGGUUCCGAUACGACUGCUCUCUUUACACGAAGCUGCAUUCUAAUGCUAGUGGCACAUCCUGAGGCACAGGAGCGGGCACAUCAAGAGAUUGAAUCCGUAGUCGGCCAUGAUCGCCUCCCUACACGCGAUGAUUGGGACAGUCUGCCGUACUGUCAAGCUCUUGUCAAAGAGGUCUUGCGUUUCCGCCCUCCAGUGCCGUUAGGUGUGCCAAGGAGCAUGAGACAGGCCGAGACCUGCAACGGAUUCUUGAUUCCACGGGGCUCUACCGUCAUUAUCAAUCAGUAUGGCAUACUACACGAUCCCGAGGCUUAUGAUGAACCAGACAAGUUCAAACCAGAACGUUUCCUGUCCUCUCCAGUAGGGGUUAAACCUGGCGUGGAUGAGGCCGGACGAGAAGAUUUGAACUUCGGUGGAGGGAGACGCGUUUGUCCCGGAAAAAUCCUGGCCAAAAACUCGCUCGCCAUUAAUACUAUGAAUUUUGUGUGGGCAUUCAAGUUCACUAAUGCAAUAGAUAGUCAGUCGAUGCGACCAAUCCCAGUGGAUAUCACUAACUACUCGAAGGGUCUCACCACCGCACCUAAUCCAUUCAGAUGUCAGAUUAUCCCGCGAAGCCCCGCACAUAUUACGCUGAUUGAGAAGGGCAUGGAGCAGGCGAAGGAGAUCUUCAAAGACUUCGAAGUUCUGGACAAGUUGUAUGAACCGGAGGACUAG